CUUUUGUUUGUCGCGCCAAAUCCCAAGUCAGGAGCUGGAAUGUACUCUUCUUUCUCAGAAAAACUGCAAGAUUUUCACCUCAGGUCAAACGGUUCAUCAGCUGACAUCAACACUAAGAGUCUGAAAUGUCUUAUGCUGCAACAUUUAAUCACUAGCCAUGUCAGCUUUGGCAUGUACGUAUGUGACACAGAAAAGCACAUAGCAGGGUGUGUCGUCCUGAAAUUCCAAAGACAAAAUGUUCCGCUUGCUUACAUUGAUCCACAUCAUGUUGUUGCAGGUCUGCAUUCAUUGUAUGUGUCUUCCUUUGGGUUGCUAUGAAGAAACACAGGAGGGCGGUGCUAGUACUUUUCCCAUUCUGUCAUGCCAGUUUGAAAAAAAAGUUGCUUAAUCUCUCCAAAAAAAGGAACUUAAGGUUAAAUUUCUCAAAUGAAGGUGCACUAGCAUCCUAAAGCUUCCACUGACAGCUUGUCCAUCUGUCUUCACAAGGCUCCCCUCAGUAAAGCACCCCCCCGUACACUCGAAAUGGCGGACCCAUGGCAGAAUGAAUAUGACUUCGCUGUUCAAGUUGCGAGAGCGGCUGGAGCGGUAAUUAGGAAAGCCGGGGAGGAAGAAAUAAAGGUCCAGACAAAGAGCUCCACUGUAGACCUGGUCACCAAGACUGACGAGAGGGUGGAGAAAAUCAUCAUCGGCUCUCUGAAAGAAGGAUUUGGAGAUGGCACACACUGUUUCAUUGGAGAAGAGUCCGUCUCAAAGGGGGAGCCGGUGAUCCUAACUGAUAAACCUACGUGGAUCAUAGACCCGGUCGACGGCACCACCAACUUUGUUCAUGGAUUCCCGUUCGUGGCUGUGUCUAUUGCUUUUGCUGUCAAUAAGGAGCUGGAGUUUGGUGUGGUGUACAGCUGCUUGGAAGACAAAAUGUACAAAGCAAGAAAGGGGAAGGGAGCUUUUUGCGACGAUGAGCAGAUUCAGGUGUCCGAUGUCAAAGAUAUCCACAAGUCCAUCAUCAUCUCGGAGCACGGAACUGACAGGAGCGUAGCAAAAGUAACCAAGAUCUUCUCCACCAUGCAGAAGAUCCUCUGCAUCCCCGUGCAUGGGCUCCGGGGGUCAGGGACAGCUGCUACUAACAUGUGUCUGGUGGCUUCGGGGGCGGUGGAGGCCUUCUUUGAGAUCGGGAUCCACCUCUGGGACAUUGCUGCUGGAGUGGUUAUCGUCAGAGAAGCCGGAGGACUAGUGCUGGAUGUUGAUGGGGGACCCUUCGAUUUGAUGUCUCGGAGGAUGAUGUCAGCAAACAACGACAUUAUUGCUCAGAGGAUCAUCAAGGAAGUUGAAAUAUUCCCGGUGGAGAGGGACGACGCUCCGGUGCAGAAGAAAUGAGAAUAUCCAAAUGCUUUUUAAAAUGAGUACAAGAGGAACAAGCCCAGUCUAUCGAUGUAUGUCCUGAAUAAAGGGAUUUUUUUUUUUAAUUUGCAUACUGGGUGUGUUUCAUUGGCUGCACACUUUUUUUACACUAAAGCAAAUCAUUUAAAUUCAGUCAGCAAGUCAAGUUGAUUCCUUAUGUUCUGUGCCCAAACAUAUUGAAGUGGGAAACAGCUGUAAUUUGUACACCAGCUCAUUGUAAUUUGCACAAAUAUCUUUUGUCUGCAGCUUCCCAAGUAUGCAUUUGAAAUACAUCAGAAAUAAACUGUGCAUGUUUGCAGACCUGCA